AGUGUGGUACAGCCUCGGAGUUCAUACUCAUACGAUUGAAUCGACCUACGAGAACCCACACCAUGAAGCUGCUGACAUCUUUCACGCUGAUUGUUCUAACUGCAUUCGUUGCUAUGGUUGUGUCUAAGCCAGCUCCAACAACAACCGCAAGCAAAGCCGCCAAAGCCACAACAAAGCUAACUACUUGCCAAAAACUGUAUAUCGAGUGUGAGGCAAUCGGGAAAGGCAUUGUAAAAUCAACAGCUGAUGCAGAUUGCAAUGACGCUUCAAAAUUUGAAAAUUGCCUCGACAAAUACAAAAAAGAUUGUUCAACUGAAAAAACUAUUAUUGCAGCUUUUGACCAGGCCAAGAUAGAGUUGAAGAAAGGCAUUGCAGAAUGCAAAGAAUUGAAGAAGGCAGAGACAGAAAGUCAAGCAACCAGGUAGUGAUGGGCGAAGAAAUGAAACAUGCAUCACAGAUUGCUCAUCAGCUUUUUACGGAAAACAAAUAUCAAGAUAUAAACCACGUUGAUAUUUCUUGUGUUGUCUGAGCUUUUGUGAAAUUAAAUCUUUAUAAAUGA